AGAACUGUAUAAAAAGGGGGUUCUUUUUCUCCCGGGACAUCAGACAGCUCCCUGCACGGACAAGCUUCACGUUUUUCACUAAGAACUUCGAGAGCUGCUCUCAGAGACAAAAUGGCUUCCAUGUCAGAGGACGGUUUCUGCUGUUCGGUCUGUCGUGACAUCUUUAGAGAUCCUGUUAUUCUGUCAUGUAGCCACAGCUUCUGUAGAAAAUGUCUGAAGACCUGGUGGGUAGAGAAACCAACACAGGAGUGUCCACUUUGUAAGAAAAGCUCUGAGAACCCAGAAUUAACUCGUAACCUGGAGUUAAAGAACCUAUGUGAGGCCUUCUUACAGCAGAGAGAUCGGAGAGCUUCAGACUCUGAUCAGCUGAGAGACACGGCAUCCAAAAUGUCGAAGGGAUCUGAUGAGUUGAGGAUCGUUCUGGUUGGGAAGACAGGGGCAGGGAAGAGUUCAGCAGGAAACACCAUCUUGGCCAGAGAGGCUUUUGAGUCUGAAAUGUCCUGCGAGUCUGUGACAACUGAAUGCACAAAAGAAACGGGAAAGGUUGGAGGGAAGAAGGUUGCACUCAUCGAUACUCCAGGGCUGUUUGACACAAGUUUAGACAAUGAACAAGUGUUGAAAAGGAUCAAGAUGUGUAUCGGUGUUUCCUCUCCUGGUCCUCAUGCCUUCCUGGUGAUUCUUCAGAUCGGCAGGUUCACAGAUGAAGAGAAACAAACUGUGAAAAUGAUUCAAGACACAUUUGGUGAAGAUGCAGAUAAGUACACAAUGGUGCUGUUUACCCAUGGAGACAAGCUGAAGAAACAAACCAUUGAAACGUUUGUUUCAAAGAACAAAGACCUGCAAAGAUUCAUUCAGAAAUGUCAUGGCCGUUAUCACGUCUUCAACAACGAGGAGAAAAACCCGUCUCAAGUCACUGAGCUCCUGGAGAAGAUAGACAGGAUGAUCGAGGAUAACGGCGGGUCGUACUACAACACAGAGAUGUACAUGAAAGCAGAAGAAGAAAUAGAGAGGAAGAAACAACAAAUCCUGAAAGAGACUGAGGCAAAGAGGAACAAAGAGAUAGAGGAACUGCAAGCCAGAUACUCCGGGGAGAUGUUGGAACUGCAAAAAGAAAUAAUGACCUUAAGACGUGAGGCUGAAGCAAGAGCUCAGGCUGAACGUGAAUGUAAUGUAAAACCUUCCUUCAAAGACAUGUGUGCAAUCAGUUAAGCAGCUUCUCUGGUGUAAGAUAGUAUAAAGUAUAAUGUCAGUGAGUUAGCUGCAACUUGUUAUUUUCAGACUAAAUUAGUUUCCUUGUAGGCCCAGUGUCUGAAUGAUGAGUCAGCAGCUCCUGAUGGAUGUACCCAGUCAACUAAGUGACUGAUGGGGACAACAAUCUUUGACAUUGAUCCAUAUGGCUCCAACAUUUAAAAAAAGUCAUAAAAAGUCAUAAUAAAAGUAAUUAUAUAGUAUGCCUAUAAUAAGCAUAUUGUGUGUCAGUGCUCCACCCAGUGAUCAUACUGAGGAAAAAGCUAAAAUCAAGUUUUGCAGCCUAGGUUUCAUAUGAUUUCUAAUCAGAUUUAUUAAUUUUAAAUAACAUAGGACAUAGAGGUGACAGAGAAUAUCUGAAAGAUUAAGUCACACUGAAUCUAUAAAUAUGAUCAUCAUGUCUGUUUAGAUUUUACUGAAUUAUGACUCUAACAAGGAGUCAGAUUGUUGAUGCAAAUUUUGCCAAUGAGGCACCUUAAUCAGACAUGCAACGUGUUUAGAUAUGUAUGUAAAAUGAUUACGUAAUAACAAAUGUAGUACAAAACAUGUUCAAUCAUCAGUGUGUUUAGUUACAGAUUGUGGAUUUUUUUAUUUACUUUCUUUUCUUUUAUUGUCCAUAUUAUUCAUGUGGAUUUGUUAU